CCCUGCAGCUCCAGCGUCUGAAGCGCUCCCUCUCCUUUAAGACCCUGACGUGUUGAUACCUGUUGUGAAUGUUCUCCUGAGGCUCUCCUCUCUCCCUCCCUGCAGCUCCAGCGUCUGAAGCGCUCCCUCUCCUUUAAGACCCUGAUGCGCAGUAAGAGCGUGGAGAACUUCUUCCAGAGGUCCUACAGUGACGCCCGUCUCCCCCCUGACUUCAUCACCGACCCGCCCCCCCCCUCCCCGCCCCCUGGCUCUCCCCUCGCCAGUGAACGCUCACCCUCCCUCUCUCCGUCACUCAGCCCCAACCCCUCCCUCUGCUCCCACUCCCCGUCUCUAAGCUCCUCCCCCUCGCUGUCUUCCAAGGCCCCGCCCCCACCCCACCUGACGCAGGUGACCCACUGCUUCCAGGAGCACGUGUUCCGCAAGCCCACCCACUGCCAGCUCUGCAAGCACCUGAUCGUGGGUAACUCUAAACAGGGUCUUCGGUGUAGAACCUGUAAGAUGGGUGCUCACCUGUGGUGCACCUCAGAAUUGUCCCAGCAGCCCUGCAAUGGAAAGUCUGGGGUCGGGGUGUUCAAGCGGAACUUCAGCACUCCCAUGCUGGUAAACGAACAACUGACUGUCGUCAAGGAGGUGCAGCCCGCCCAAGGGGCAGGCCGGGGGCGUGGGGUGGACCCUAUUUACGCAGCCCUGCGCUAUGGGACGUCCCUGGCACAGAUGAGCCGCUCCAGUUUUGGGAGCGUGUCCGAGUCGCCCACGCACAGCCAGGGUGAAGGAGGAGAGGAGGGGGAGCAGAGGCAGUACAGCAUGGAGGAGGAGAUGCCACAGGAGACAGGGGAUCUGCCUCCGUGUGAAAACGAGAAGGCUGGACCAGAGGGUGAGGGCAGCGAGCAGCUCCAGGAGCCUGUAGAGGAAACAAGCGUGAAGGUUCCCAGGCGUAUUGAGGUUCACUCCAUCCACACGUAUGUAGCGCUCUUCAAGUUCCUGCCUCAGGAGCACAACGACCUCGGACUAGAGCCUGGUGAUCGGGUGCUGGUCACUGAUGAUUCUAAUGAAGAGUGGUGGAAGGGAAAGAGUGGAGACAAGGUGGGCUUCUUCCCUGCUAACUUUGUUCAGAGGGUGCGCCCAGGGGAGAGGGUGUGGAGGGUCACCCAGCCUGUCCCUGCCAGCCGAGGGAUGGGACACAUGCCAGUGAAGGAGGAUCAGAUCUGUGUGGGGAAGAGUGAGGACGGUGAGGGUUUCCUGAAGCUGAGCAGUGGGAAGAAGAGAGGACUGGUCCCUGCUAAAUCCAUUGAGGAGAUCUAACCUCUGUCUCAACACCAGCCCCCCGUCUCUCUCUCUCUCUUACCAGCACCCUGUAACCUCCCCACACACCCCUGAGGAGGACCAGCCAGUCCGGGGGUCCUCCAACACCACCAUCGUGAGGCCCACCACCCUACUAAACUGAGUGGGGAGCCGUGAUAGUUCAGCUUGUGAAUUCCAGGUGAUGUGGAGGAUGCCUCAGCUUUAUCCUUGCUGACCUUGUCUCCUCCACCCCAAUGUAGCUGACAACCCAGACUUGAAAGGGUUGGCUUCCCUUCCACAGUGGGUUGGCCUAGGUGUUGUGGAGGACUAUCUAAGACCCCAGUACCCCAUGUUUUCCUGCUGUAAUGUACCUUAGUCUAUUAGUGAACUGGGUUUAUCUGUAGUCCACACCACAGGGGUAAGAGUUUUAGGACUGAAGGACUGGCUGCUGUGGACUCCAGUAACUUCCCUCAGGAUGGAAGGAGACUAUUUUCUGUCUGAUGAGUCUGGUCUCUCUGUGUGUGAUUUGACCAGUUCUUUUUCACUGUCCUCUAUGGCUGGAUAUCACGAGGCUGAAGAAUGCAGGAUUAAGGCCGUCGCACACUAUACAGUCGAAACGAGGCGUGUUCCGUUUUGCGCAUAUAUAAAAAAAAAAAUUGUCUGUUCGCUCACACAACAUUUUUUAUUGGGGCAAGUUGAAGUUCGGUAGCCGACGUCUAAGCCCUUUCGUCUGUCAUUGGUCAACUGUAGUGUUUUCAAAUGAAGGUCCUUUAAGGUAUGAGAGUACAGUCGUGCGCGGACACCUAGCCGAGUUCUGCCAGGAGCAAACAGAACCUAGUAUUAGUAUACGUUGUCUUAAUCAGGAGGAUGUACUUGUGUUGUGUGUGUGUGUGUGUGUGUGGGGGGGGGGGGGGGGUAAUGUUCCUGGUCACUGCAUGGAAGAAAACAUUUGUUCUUUCUCUGAUGAACUAGAACAAGUGUCACACUCCUGAUGGCAGCAUCACAGAUGGACGCCCACUAUGAUCACAGUAAUUCAUUUAAGAGGUGACCGUGAAGGAGAUAAUUGCAUGCUGAAGGAUGCACUUAUUUCAAUGUCGGUGUCGGUGAGAUGUUCAAGAUACUGCCGAUGGUUGUAGGUUUCGGUGCUCGCGUUUUCUCCCCCCCCCCCCCCCCCCGUUCCUUUGGUCCACCUUCUCUCUCUCUGUCGGUCUCUCUCUCUCUCUCUCUCUCUCUCUCUCUCUCUCUCUCUCUCUCUUCUUCCCUCUUCCAUCUUUCUCAGCUAUCACAUUGGUCCCUUGGCUGGGAUUUGACUUCAGCUUAAUUUAGACUGGCACAGAACUUAAAUGCUCUGCAAGGACGGAUGGACGGGCAGGUGGGUGGGUGACACUGGGCAGAGUACACCCUGCUCAGACCGACCAGACAGCCAGCAGAGGACAGGACAAACUAGGUCUAUUUCGACACACACUCUCUCAGAUCCUGACUCACUGGCUGACUCACUGACAUUUGACCUCGCACUUGGCAGGUUCCAGAAGGUCAUGGAUGUUAGCCACGUCAUUCUAUUGUACAGGUCAAUCAGUCGCACACUUCAGAGAAUGUGUUUUUCUAUGUCCUAUUUAUGAAAAAUACAAGAGACGACAUUAGAUUGGGGCGGUGAAUACUUACAUAAAUACUUCAGUGUUUUUUGUUCUCUCCCUCAGUAGUGUUUGAAUAGCCUAGACUGUAGAAAACAUCUAUGAAUAGAGACUUUGUUUUUUUUUUAAGAAGAAGAAACAAAUGGAGCAACAACACAUUUGUUUUUAACUGCUCUAAAUUUGUUUCAAUUUUCUGGCCAAUUUAGCAGACGGGCACUGAGGAGCCGUGGAAGACUUGGGAAGUGUUUUGGUGUCUUUUGACUCAUCUGUUUGGUUCACCGCUGGUAAACAAACAACAGCCAAGAGCCAGUCGGCUGGAAAACCACAUGAACAGACCUUGUAAGUGUGACCACCGGACAUGGUCCCGCUGGUCUGAGGGACAGGGAGCAAGGGAUAUGGAGGGACAGGGAGCGAGGGAUAUGGAGGGACAGGGAGCGAGGGAUAUGGAGGGACAAGGGAAGGAUGUAGACAAAAGGGGUUGACCCAGGUGUUGAACCAUCAUGAAUCAAUGUGUCUGUAUGCAGCUUUCUUUGUCUAUGGAUGACCAAUUCAACAUUGAUCAAAUGUCAGUCCAUCUCUCUCUCUCCCUCUGUCUCUGACACUAUUGGGCAUUUUUGCUGCUAGUGGGAAGGGUGGCUGGACUGUUGUAUUGUACAUGUAGAUGUAAGCAUGUUUAAUGAUAGGAUAAUGGGUUGGAUUUCAACGUUUCCAUAAUGUACUGAUCAUUUAUUGAUUUAGACAGAUAUCUAUCUACUUGCUGAGUUGCAGCACGUAGCGGUCACACUGUUGGCAUUAUCUUCCUGUAGUAUAAGAAUGCAGUAUAUACAGUAAGUCAUCGGAAGUGUAAAAUAAGUACGAUGAUGAACAUAUUGGGUGCGUUCGUAAAUUCAAUCUGGAGUGCCAGAGUGCGCUCUGGGCGUUCGUAAAUUCAGAUUGUUGUCAGAUUGUCCGUUGGUAAACGCUCUCGGAGCGUUCAGAGCUCACGCUGGAUGCUCCGGCCGAGGAGGAGGUUUGAUCCGAGCGUUCAGACCCCACAACGAUAGUCAAGCACCCAAGCUAACUGGCUAACUUGCUAGCUACUUACAGACACGAAUAAGAGAACACCUCACUCUGACCAGUUUACUCGCCCUAGCAGAGCUGGUUAGGCUGUUUUCGUGUUAUCCAGAGUGUUGGGGACUGUAACUGUUCUGCCGGAAACAAUUUAAUUACGCUUUCUUUGCCGACGUUUACUGACGCCGGCCAUAUUCAACGGGUGAAACGUGUUCGUAAACUCAUCAGUUAUACAGACGAGAGUGCUCUGAAAUCAGUGUAGAUAGGCAGAGCGAAUUUACGAACGCACCCAUUAUUUCAUGUUUUGUUCCUCACAUUGUGCAUGAUAAUAUGAUUAUAUUUGCGUCUAUAUCCUCUGUGUGUGUGGAUGGAUGAAGUUUCACAGACUGUGAUGAAUAUUGUAUUUUCCUUCCAUUGGGUCCAUGUGUUCCUAUGUGUAGCAAGGACUUCUCUGGUCCUCACAGUACCAGACCAGGAGCUAACAAGACCACAGUAUAGUCACUGGGUGUAUAACUGGAUUCAUUGUUUGUUAGCUUAUUCUCUACCAAAUUUUCACAAAAGAUGUACAUUAUCGGUGUGUUCAUGUAGACUUAAGAGUCUGUCACCCUUUGUGGACCCUGUUUGAGUCGCUCUUCGUGUAGCAUUUCUGUGUACAGGCCCUGGCCUCGUUUCCCAGUUGCGAUGUAAUUUAAGCAUUGCGACGAUUUGACCAACUUUUUAAAGAGCUACUGCCUCUGAAAUGUUGGUCAUAAAUGGUAUGUCACGGAAUGAAGGGUAAAGGAACAGUUUUUCGUGUUUUAUUUUUAUAUCCUGCCCAUAGAUAGCAGCACACAAGUAAUCAUCUAUUCAAAGUGACGCUGCACGCGACCCGAUCAUAAUGCCCAUGUGGUCAAUUUGGUUUGACAGUCAAUAUCCCUAUGGGGCAAGUUAGGGACCGUCAGUAAAUGACACAAUUUUGGGACAAUAUUUUAAAACUUUAAUAGCUCCAAAUUUCAAUGACUUAAAAAACUCAAACCAAUUGUAAAAAUUAAUAUACAAAUAUUGCAAGCAUUUAACCUUUUACUGCAGUGGGCUAAAUCAGGGUCACACAGAGUGUUUCUUGGUAGUCUUAAACACAUCUGCUUAGAAACAAAGUAUACACCUCACACACAUGGUUAUGGGCUUAAAAAUAAGAAGAUGCCUUUACCUUGUCAGAUAUAGAGUUUAAAUGUAUUCCAUUUUGAGUUUGCAUCCCAAUAUUACAUUAUACAUCACAGAAUACUGAAAUGUAACAACUUUUUGACAUAGAAACAAGAUUUUCAGAAGUUUUUUCAAAAUAAUGUUGAUUUAUUGUGAAAUGAUGAAAAAUAUGAAUAACAUUCCACUAUGUAAUUUGACUGCAUGAAAGAGCUACUGAGACAAAAGGUUUUUAAGAGCCACGUUACUAACGAAGGCUCUGGGAAAACACCUCGGCUAUUAGACACAUCGUCUAGAAAGUUCUAACGAUCUGAUCUGUCAAGAUGAAGGCUCUGGGAAUCAAGGCUCUGCACAGUAAGUGUGUGUGUGUGUGUGUGUGUGCGGGAUAUAGCCUUAGUUAAUAUCACUGGAAGAACACAUGUCUCAAUAAUAAAAAAUUAAAAACUCUAACCUUGAA